AUUGGGCAAAAAAACUGUCUAGAUUUAUCUACAAGCAUGGAAGGCUUCUUGAUCUUAUGAGGGAUAAGAUAGGUGGAGAUCUUGUAAGGCCAGCUGUGACUCGCUUUGCUACUUCAUAUCUCACAUUGGCAAGUAUGCAUCAGCACAAGAAUGGUCUGAAAACUUUAUUUGUUAGUGAUGAAUGGCAGGCUAACACCUUGUCUAAAACUGCUGAAGGACUGCAAUGUCAAAAAAUUGCCCUUUCAUUGCCAUUUUGGAACAAAGUGGAAAAUUGCCUAAGAGCUUCUCAGCCACUCCUUGUUGCUCUAAGAAUAGCUGAUGGAGAUGAGACACCAGCAGCUCCUGAGAUCAUGGCAGCAAUGGAUAUUGCAAAGAGCUCCAUCAAGGAAUCUCUGAAAGACAAACCUAGUUUACUUAAUGAAGUAAUGGGGUGCUAUGAGAAGAGGUGGGAAAAUCAAAUGGAGCAAAAGUUGUAUGGUGCAGCCCUAUUCUUGAAUCCAGGCAAGUUCUUUGCUAUAAGGGAAAAUGACAGGAGACAAGCUGCAAGGCUAAGGUCCAUGUUCAAUGAUGUUUUCUGGAAGAUGGUCUUGGAUGAUAAUGAACAGACCAAGAUUAGUAAGCAAGCUGAUGAUUACGAAAGGUCUGAAGGUGAUUGCUUCUCAAAGCCAUUAGCAAUAAGAGAUAGAGAUAAAAAGAAUCCUAUUCUUUGGUGGGGAUCAUAUGGUGGCUUAGCAUAUGAGCUCCAAAGUUUAGCAAAAAGAAUCAUAAGUCUUUGCUGUUCAGCAUCUGGAUGUGAGCGUAAUUGGAGCGCAUUUGCUCAUGUCCAUACCAAAAAGAGAAACCGAUUAGAGCACAAAAGGCUGAACAAGUUGGUGUAUGUUAGCUACAACCGGAAGAUGGCAAAUAGAUUUCAAAAAAUUAGAGAACUCGGUUCCAAAGGAAAGAGAUCGAACCCCCUGCUACUUGAAGAGUUUCAAUGGGAGAAUGAAUGGGUUGAUGAAAAUUGUGAACCAGUUCACACAGGAGCAGCAGCUGAUGAUGCUGGCAAUACUUUGACUUGGGCUCAAGUGGAUGUAGCUAGUGAGGCAACUGAAGCUCUACGGGGUCGUGGCUUGCCUAGGGCUGCUGCUGCUCGUGCUGCUGCUACUGUCAGCCAUACUUAUGCUAGGAAGAGGAAGCGUCCAAGGAAGCAGCGAGCUACAGAUAUUGCUGAAGAAGAUGACAGUGAUCAUGAGAUGAUAGAUGCGGCAAAUGACCAGCUUGAUGGAUCUGAUUCAGAAGCAAUAAUGGAUCAAGAUCAGGAGGAUGCAGAUUCUGGAGGAUGUGCAAUAGCUGCGGCCGGAGGCUUCCAAUUGAAUUCUGAUUUGCUUAAUUAGAUGCAUGGCUGAUGGCUGUCUUAUUUUGUUGUUGACUUGUUGAACUCUUGAAUGGUGUUGUGUUGAGCUGACAGCUGAGCACUUCAGCUUUUGUUGUGUGAAGUGUGAACCAAUUUAUCAACUAUGUAAUAUGUAGUUAUAUCCUGAACCUAUUUAGUUAUCAAGUCAUGUGCUUUUUAAAAAAUAUAUAUUUAUUCUUUGCUCUUCUGUUGUACUACACUACUAUUAUGUUCUUACUAUAUGGCUUAUUCUUUGCUACUUACUUCAGUUCUUUUCUUUGUAAUUUCAGAUUCAACAGCAAAUCAGCGAGGAUAUGGACUAUGGGGGGACAGGAAUGCAGAGUUCUGGACAGUUCACAAAUCAUCUCUCACAAGUAAGUGAAAAAUCGACCAUCAUUGUUGCCUUCGUGCUUGCUUUUUAUUAAGUAAUAUGUAGUACAUAUAUCAUAUCGGUCCUGGGACACAUCGGACGACUAGGCAGACGACUAGGACCGACUAGGCUCGACUAAUCGGCCUGGUCGACGACUAAUCGCGACUAGUCGUCUUAUCGGUCCCAUGGCGACUAGGUCCGACUAGACGAUUUGAAAACAUUGGCCAUCCUUUUGUAGCACCGAUCCUAAAUACCGAAAAGUAUCCUUCUGGACCACCACUUGCCCAUCUAGACUAACGUCUCCCCCCUCAUGCC